AUGGAUGGGCGCCUUAAGGGAGGUGAAGAGAGAAGCAUCUGUGCAUGUGUUUCCAAACGCUGGCUUAUGCUUCUCAGCAGCAUCCGAGGUGAGGAAAUAUGUACCAAGAAAGAAACUCGAUCCCCAGAGACUCAAGAUGAAUUGAACUCCAGCAAGGCUGAUGAGCUUGUGGAAUGCAAUGAAAAGGCUGGAGUUCUAGGUUUUAGCAGUAAUAAAGAUGAAGUUAAUGCUGACAGUGAGGAGAUAGAGAGUGUUGGGUACCUUUCCAGCUGUUUGGAAGGGAAGAAAGCUACUGAUGUUAGGCUUGCAGCCAUUGCUAUUGGAACUGGUCAUCGUGGCGGAUUAGGCAAGCUUUCUAUUCAUGGAAACAAUUCUACACGUGGUGUGACAAAGACUGGUCUUAGAGCAAUUGCACGUUGCUGCCCAUCAUUAAGGGUGCUUUCUAUGUGGAAUGUGGCAUCUGUUGGGGAUGAAGGAUUAUAUGAGAUUGCCAAUGAAUGUCACAUGCUGGAAAAGCUUGACCUUUGCCACUGCCCUGCAAUUUCUGACAAGGGGUUGCUUGCAAUUGCUAAGAAUUGCCCCCGUCUGAACUCUCUAACAAUAGAGUCUUGUUCAAAUAUUGGUAACACUGGUCUGCAAGCUGUUGGUAGUUUCUGCCCCAACCUGAAGUCUGUUACCAUCAAAAACUGCCCCCUAGUUGGAGAUCAGGGGAUUGCAAGCCUCUUGUCAUCAGCUACUUAUUCUCUGACGAAGUUGAAGCUUCAAGCUUUGAAUAUAGGCGAUGUAUCUCUUGCAGUUGUUGGACAUUAUGGAAAGGAACUGACUGAUCUAGCGUUCACUGGCCUUGAAAAUGUGAGUGAAAAGGGCUUCUGGGUAAUGGGCAGUGGUCAGGGUUUGCAGAAAUUGAAGUCCUUUGCAGUUAGCAGUUGUCGAGGACUGACUGAUGUGGGGCUUGAAGCCAUGGCUAAAGGCUGCCCAAAUCUGAAGCAGUUUUGCCUUCGUAGAUGUUCAGUCUUAUCAGACAUUGGAUUAGUAUCUUUUGCUAAGGCUGCUGUAUCACUUGAGAGCCUACAGUUAGAGGAUUGCUACAAGAUUACCCAACGUGGAUUUUUUAAUGUGCUUGUGACAUGUUGCAGCAAAUUGAAGUCUAUUGCAUUGGCAAACUGUUUGGGUUUUCGGGAUCUAGCCUUCAGAUGGCCUUCAGUUGCAUGUUGCACUUCCCUGCGAUCACUAUCCAUCCGCAACUGUCCUGGAUUUGGAAAUUUUAGCUUGUCUAUGCUGGGUAGAUUAUGCCCUAACUUGCUGCAUGUAGAACUCAAUGGGCUACCUGGAAUAACAGAUGAGGGCCUUCUCCCUCUUAUUGAGAACUGUAAGGCUGGCCUGUCUAAGGUUAAUCUUAGCAGUUGUGUGAACCUGACAGAUAAGGUGGUCUCAGCCAUUGCUAAUUUGCAUGGGAUCACUCUUGAGCAGCUGAAUCUUGUUGGUUGCAAAUAUGUCACUGAUGCCAGCUUGGCAGCAAUAGCAAAGAACUGUUCAUUGCUAAGUGAUCUUGAUGUUUCUAAAUGCACCAUUACUGAUUCCGGCCUCAUGGCCUUAGCUUGUGCAACACAGCUCCAUUUGCAGAUCUUUUCUCUGUCUGGCUGUUCUCUUAUCUCAGAGAAGAGUGUGCCUUCUUUGCUGAAGUUGGGCCGGACUCUUGUGGGCUUGAACAUCCAGAACUGCAAUGCAAUAAGCAGCAGGAUGAUUGACCUGCUUUUGGAGCGCCUGUGGCGAUGUGACAUCCUCUUGUAA